AUGGCAGGCUUUACGCGGAUGGGUGGAGUGUUCACCGCAGCAAAUGUUUCAGAAGGGUACGUGGCCUGUCCAGCUCCAGCUCCCUACAUCUCCCUACUCUACAUCCCUCUCUUCGGCAAUGUUGCGCAAAUGGCUGACGUUAGGAACAGAAAUUUCGGAGCUGACGGUGCGGAGCUCAGCCCAUGCUCGAUUGAAGCUCACUUCGCUGCUCGAUUGAAGCUCACUUCGCUGAUCUGUGCCGCAAUGCAGGAGGGCUACGAGGAGGAGCUGCGAGCCUAUGUUGGGUUUUGGGGCGUCGACUGGUUAAAGUACGGGGUUGUCAGGCUGAGGAUCCCUGGGCCACCGAGAGGAGCGGCCCACAAGCGCGCCAAAGAAGCUGGCUUCCAGGUCCAAGUGCUGCAGGGUCAACUGCGCGAGGCUGAGGCUAUCCUGGAGGGGGAGCGGCAGGAGUUACGUGUGGCGCAAGAAGCACAAGCAGUGGCAGGUGCUGACCUCCUCCAACUCAAGGAGGAGCGCAAAGCCAUGCUUGUUCGCAUCAGCCAGUUCGAGGAGGAGAAGUCCCGGGACAUGGAGUCCAUGCUACAGCGUCACCGUGAGCAGUGGCGCGAGGCUGCCGACAGAGAAUCCGAGCAGAUGCGGGCCUCCAUUGAAGCAACGCGCAGCCGGAUCUUGAAGGACCUUGAGAGGCAGACCCAAGCCAGGGAAUCGGCGCGCCUUCUCAAGGAGCUGGAGGACUCGAAGGCAGAGUGCAUGAGGCUGCGGGGUGUGGAGCAGCGACACGCUGCCGUGAUCACUGAGCUGGAGUCUCUGCGCGAGAAGCUGCGGGAGCAAGAUGCCGCUGAGUGCAGGCGUUCUGUGGAUGAGAUCCAGGCGAAGGAGCUGCGCGAGCGCUGGACCAGCAGGGAGUGCACUUACCUGCUUCCUGGCGCACGGCCGGUCUUGCUGCCAACGCUGCUGGCCAGUUCAGCAGGACCUUCGUCCCGGACACCCCCCGGCGCCUCUGCAGCUGGCUCGGCGUCGUGCGACGCAAGCUCAGCGUUGGCCUCGCGUCGAGAUGGGUCCUGUACCACGAUGUACGGCAAGCACGACAAGAAGACAAGGAAGCAGCGUGCUCACACGUUCGGCAGCCUGCGCAAGAAGAAGGUGAAGCAGGUGCGAAGCGGCAAGAACAAGGAGGUGCAGAUGCUUCAGGAGGAGCUUCGCAACCUCAGCGACUGCUUGGCGCAGAAGGAGGAGGACCUGCUCAACCUCCAGUUCAGCACGGCCGACCUCCACAACCGCUGCGACGAUCAGGGCGCCCUGGUCGUGGAGAACGCGGACGCCUUCCAAAAGGCCUCGGAGGAGCUGGCGGAAAAGGACGAGGCCCUCGAGCAUGCGCUGCAGAUGCAGCAGGCGCUUUUCGCGCUCCUUAGUUUCUUCGUGAUUGCGCUGUCGCUUGGUCACCGCUGA